AUGUUGAGUCAGUCGUUGCCAUGUCUAACCCUAGAAAAGACUGCUAUUAGCCCAAUAUCCCCGCCUCCGUUGACCACUACCGUUCCCCCAUCCAAGGAUUGGUCUGAAAGAGCAACACCUCGUGCUCAAACAAGGUAUGCGUUUGAAGAAUCAGAAAGUUACAGCCGUCACAGCCGUACAAGUAGCCUGGAAGGGCUUUCUGGGAAGCAAGCAGAGAUCAGUGCUCUACGAACAGCACUCGCAGAAUGCUGGACACUUUGCAAUACCCUUGCCAGUCUGAGCUACAUCAAUCGAGAACGACUAUUCAAAACGCAAGAAGACGGGAUGCAAGAAGAUGCUUGGAAGUCCUGCUGGCGGUUGUGUCAAAAGCUAUAUGAUACGCGCGAUGAUGAUUUUGCGUCGCAGGUCAAUCCAACACUAGACCUUUGUCGGGAUUUUUGCCAGGCCCUCUUCGAAGUGCGGAACUGUGAUAGUGAUCUAACCGACUCGGUCCUCCGAGUAAGCUUUGAACUAAAUAAUCACCUGUAUAACACCCAUGAUCGCAAGCUGCCCGACGCAUUCCGUGAGCGCACGCUGGACUUUUAUAUUACACUAUGUCACCGGCUGAUGAAACAACGAACGCGGCUAACCACGACGGAUUCGCUGCUCAGUGCAUGUUGGACACUGGCGGAAAUGCUUUUCAGUAUUCGCCAGAGCAAACGAGAAGGAAAAGAGCUAGACGAAGAACUGCUCGGGUCAGCCGUCCAAGCUUGUUGGGAGCUUUGCGACAUCUUCCGGGAGGGCUGGACCCUCCAUAGCAUGCGUAACUCGGAUCGAGGCCCCCCCCGACCCAGCCAAACCACCUUUGCUCAAGCUUUCCAGCAGGCAACACAGCGCUCAGAGCUGGACUUUGUCGAUGACACUUCAGCACUUCCUGGCAAUCCUGAAACCCCGACAACCAUAUUUGAGGAUAUGGCUACAGUAUCCCCGGAUGAGGCCCCACUUCCGAAUAUCCUCGUGCUAGGUCAUGGAAAUAGUCAUGGCUCACAUUCGAAGUGGCCCUCGAGUGCGUCAAGCAUGUCGGACAACUCCCGCGCAUCAAGUCGCACUGCGUCUUCGGCAAACACUGUGACCACUGCCCCUGAAGAUCCCAACUUUACGAGAUUGAAAGUUUUGAUAACCAAGGCGGCCUUGAAUAGUGGGUACCAGCGUGGAGGCUCCCAGAGUCUAUCCUCUUUUGUCAAGAAUUUACCACCAGAUGCUUUUGGUUCCUCUCCGUGGCAAACUUCUUUAUUGAAGUACUAUAGAAAGCUUGUUGGCUUCGACCCAGCCUUUCGCAAUGUUGGGCCCCAGGCAAGAGUCAGUGCUACUGACAUGGCUCGCGCUUGUCAGGCAAUGGUCCAAGGGGGUCAGUAUUCAUGGCUACGUGAUCUCUACCGCUUCAUUUUUGGUUUUAAUAUGGAGGAUGCCAUCAGCCGAAAGAGCAGUAGCAUCCAGACAUGA